CGUUUACCAGUUUCCCUGCGCUUCAUACUGUCGUCGCCAACAUACUGAUUCAGUCUCUUGUCUAUAAGCUAUAACCAUGGCCGAAAUCAUGGCCGAUUCGGAACUUGCCCCCAAGUUCGCGCCGUUCAUUGGCAUGGCCGGCAUCGCAGCCGCCAUGAUCUUUGGCAGCGCGGGCGCUGCAUAUGGCACAGCCAAGUCUGGCAUCGGUAUCGCCGGCGUGGGUACCUUCCGGCCGGACCUCAUCAUGAAGUGCUUGAUUCCUGUCGUCAUGUCCGGUAUUAUUGCCGUUUACGCCCUCGUUGUAGCUGUCCUGAUCGCACAAGAUCUCGGGCCGCCAGGAUCAGGCCAACAUUACAGCUUGUUCAAUGGCUUCAUGCAUCUCGCAUGCGGUCUUUCAGUCGGCCUCACCGGUCUCGCCGCGGGCUAUUGCAUUGGUAUCGUAGGCGACAAGGGCGUCCGUUCAUUCAUGCUACAGUCGAGGAUCUUUGUCGGCAUGGUUUUGAUCCUCAUUUUCGGCGAAGUCCUCGGUCUUUAUGGCCUCAUUGUUGCCCUCAUCCUCAACACCAAGAGCAAGGGCUGAAUAUUCGACUUCGAAUUGAGUUGUCGAGGGGCAACAAUCCCAGACAGAAAUCGAGAGAAAAGGAAGGUCGUGGUUUACUAUCGGUGUACACAAACUUGGUAUGAGCACAAGAACUGGACGGAACAUGCGCUCCAACAACAAAAGAACGAGCCUUGUUCAGGAAAGGAUGAGACGUACGACAGCUGAAUGAAUGGGUACAUUGGGGGCGCUAACCUGAAAGUGUUUAGCAUUUUGGCCUGGCGUUUAAACGGGAUUGCUGCUGCUACUUGGCUUAUUUGUUUUGGGUUACGGUCUUGGUCGGGCCGAAGUAGAAAUAUAGAGGCAGAAGUCAACAUCAUUAAUGUUGAUGGUACGACAUGCCAGCACCUGUGUCUUUGGCAUUUCAUCCCAUCUGGUCUUGUCA